GUGGUUCUCUCAUUCUGAUAGGACGUCAUAUGACGUCCUACCAGACUCACUGCGCAUGCGCGGCUCAGGGAGCGCGCAGUGCGGCGAUUGCCGGUGCACUGUGUCCCUUGGAUCACUGAUCAUCAGGGCACAGAAGUGCCACCUGUCAGUGCCCAUCAGUGCCACGUGCCAGUGCCCAUCAGUGCCACAUCAAUGCCACAUAUCAGUGCCCAUCUGAGCUGCCUUUCAAUGUCACCCAUCAGUGCCAGUCAGUGCCACCUAUCAAUGCCAAUCAGUGCCACCUAUCAGUGCUGCCAAUCAGUGUCACCUAUCAGUGCCAGUCAGUGUCACCUAUCAGUGCCAGUCAGUGCUGCCUAACAGUGCCAGUCAGUGCCGCCUAACAG